CAACUCGGCUUGAUUUGAAUUCUCUACUUCUUGGGCCGAAACAAGCCCAAAAAUCUCCCAAAUGCCUUUCUUAUAAAUAAAAAAACCCUAAACAUUGUCUGAGAGCUUCUUGUUUCUACUCAACGCCUAAGUGUUUUUUGAUGGAUGCUCAAGGGAUGUGUUGCGAUAGAAUCAGCGAAUUGCCAGAUUCUUUGCUAACUCAUAUACUCUCAUACCUUUCGACCAAAGACUCCGUUAAGACUGGCGUUUUGUCAAGGAGAUGGGAACUUCUCUGGCUAAAGGUUUCGGGAUUGGACUUAAACACCAUGGACUUCCUUCCUUAUGGAGGAGAAGCCUUGUUGAGUUUUAUGGACAGAUUUUUGGAGUUUAACCGAGGAUGGUGCCAACAAACGUUCAAGAUGAAGUAUUGCCGCUGUACAGAAACUGACUCCAGUAUCAGGCUGGUGGAGUGGAUACCCGAAUUGGUUCAUCGUCGAGUUCAACACCUAAUUCUUGAAAACGAAGGGUCUCCAUAUAGUUUAGAUAUCAUGCCUGAUUGUAUUUAUGUGAGCAAGACAUUGGUGACUUUGAAGCUGGUAUAUGUAGUGCUUAAAGACCUCAAGUUUGCUGUUUCUCUACCAUGUCUCAAGAACAUGCAUCUAGAAAAUAAUUAUAUUUAUAUUCUGUAUAAUGAUGCUCCGAAUCUAGAUGCUCUUUGUUUAAUUGAUUACGUGAGUAGUGGUGGUCGUUUGAUCAUGGAGAAUCUGAUCUCUGGCUCUCCCGUUCUAGAAAAUGUCACUUUGUUUUUUGGGUUAUGGCAGGAGGAGUUCAGUUCUUCUUGGACAAAUGUGCCACAGUGUUUAUCAUCGACUUUGGAGUAUGUUAAGAUUGGCGUAAAUAUUAUGUGGAAUGAAGCUGGGAUUAAACUAGUGAAUUACUUUCUUGAGAAUUCAGUAGUCCUCAAGAAACUGACUUUGAGUUGCAAAGAUUCUCAUACGGACAAAAGAGAGGCAGAGAGCUACAAGAAGCUUCUUACAUCCACAAAGCUUUCUCCCAGAUGUCAAGUUCUCGUGGAUUGACAUGCAGCUUCUGAUGAGUUUUGAACAUUGUUUUAUCGAACAUUCUUGUGAAACUCAUCUAUUUUUCAUUGAAAUUUCAGCUACAAUUAGUGAGCAUUUUAUAGACUAUGCGGAUGAUCUUUUGCAUUGGCUUAUUCAGUAUUGUUAUAUAUAAUAUCACAUUAUUUAUAAUAUGUUUUGGAUGUCUUUGCUAAAAGA